AUGGAUACUGUUUACAACUUUGGUGCUGGUCCAGCUAAGAUUCCCGAGGAGGUGCUUGCAAGAGCUCAAAAGGAGCUUCUCAACUACAACAACACCGGCAUGUCUGUAAUGGAGUUGUCGCAUCGUUCCAAGCCAUUUGCCGAGAUCCUUGAACGCACCAAGUCCAAUUUGCGCAAGCUGAUGGGUAUCCCUGACAAUUACGAGAUUCUGUUUAUGCAAGGUGGUGCCACGUCCCAGUUUUCGGCGUUGGUGUAUAACCUGUUGGCUGUCAAGCAGGCAGCAUUACGCGCAGAGGGCAAAUCAGUUGACAAUAUCACAGCCGAUUACUUUGUUACGGGUGCUUGGUCCAAUAAGGCUGUUCAAGAAGCUGAGCGAUUGGCGCCCCAUGUGGGACUCAAGCACGUGAAUCGCGUUGUUGAUGCAAAGAAGCAAACGGGCUAUUUUGGCAGCAUCCCUUCCGAGCAACACUUUUCUCCAGAUCCUAGCAACACUGCAUACGUUUAUUAUUGUGACAAUGAGACGAUCCAUGGUGUUGAGUUCCAGGAGCCACCCAAAGUACCAGAAGGUGUCCCAUUGGUAGCAGACAUGAGCAGCAACUUUUUGAGUCGACCCGUGGAUGUGUCAAAGUAUGGUGUCAUUUAUGGUGGUGCACAAAAGAACCUUGGUCCUGCAGGUGUUACUCUUGUCAUCAUUCGCAAGGAUCUCAUUCCAGCAAGUCUCAAUGAUCCUCCCGUGCGCCCUCUCAUGUUGGAUUAUCGCACAUUGGCUGAUAAUGACUCCCUCUACAACACACCACCCACCUUCGCUAUCUACAUGGUCAGCCUCACUCUCGAAUGGAUCCUUCAAAAUGGUGGUCUAGAAGGCAUGCAAAAGCGUAACAAGGCCAAAGCUGACAAGCUGUACGAAGCCAUUGACUCCUUGUCCCUCUUCAAGAGCCCCGUGGAUAAACAAUGCCGCAGCCGCAUGAAUGUCGUGUUUACCAUGAAUACUCCAGAGCUUGAAAAGGAAUUCUUAAAGGGUGCUGAAGAACGCAACAUGGUUCAGCUUAAAGGUCACCGUUCUACUGGUGGUAUUCGCUCGUCUAUCUACAAUGCUAUGCCCCAAGAGCACGUUGAAAAGCUGAUCGAGUACAUGAAACAAUUCCAACAAGAGCAUUCGAAUUAA